AGUCCUCCGUUCACCGUUACUGCAGCAUCCGUAUAAACUGCCUUCAAAUCCAGCCGUGCACAGCACUUUUCCUCACUUUCUUCACCUAGCCGUGACAUUCUCCUCCGAUGUAUCUGUGAUUUACCUUUGGGGACCGAGCGGGAUGUAAAACCUUUAACCGCGACUAACGUGACAGCUCCGCGUUAUUCUCAGCGUCGGGUUUCUUCUGCGCCAAGAGAUGAUGUGGACACCGAACCGCUGGUGAAAUAGCUCAAUAGUUUGGCUGCACAAGGAGUCACUGGUCAUGCUGUGCUUUGGAGGGACGAGAAGAGACUCUUAAUAAGAAAGAACGAGAGAGUCGACAGAGAGGAGAAGGUAGACAGCAGCUGCUAUCAUGUCUCGUCAUCAAAGCCGAGCCACCAGCCUGGAGGAGAAGGGAGCCACACCCAUCCACAAGAGCUCCACCCCCUCACACAAGAGCUCCACCCCCACUCACAAGAGCGCAUCCUCUUCCUCUUCAUCUCAGAGAGACAGUCGACAGGAGUCGGAUAGUUGGGAAAUCAUCGAGGGGCUAAGGAUCGGGCAAACGCAUGUUCAGAGGCCGGAGAAACAUGAAGGUUUCAUGCUGAAGAAGAGGAAAUGGCCUCUAAAGGGCUGGCACAAGCGAUUUUUCAUUUUAGACAAUGGGAUCCUGAAGUACUCCAAAUCUCCUGUAGAUAUUCAGAAAGGAAAGCUUCAUGGCAGUAUAGAUGUGGGUCUGUCUGUGAUGUCCAUCAAGAAAAGAGCUCGCCGCAUAGAUCUGGACACAGAAGAGCACAUUUAUCAUCUGAAGGUGAAGUCUCCAGAUGUUUUUGACAUCUGGGUGUGCAAGCUGCGUCACCAUCGUUUGUUCCGUCAGAACGAGAUUGUUCGCUCUCCUCGUGAUGCUACGUUACGGACCUUCCCUCCGUCGGCCAGCGCAGAGUCACCCCAGAACACCUCUUCCAGCGCACACCAAAACAAGCAGGGUAAACCCAGUACUCUGCCCUGGCAGCUGCCGGCGUCCUGUAGUAAUGGACAGAGUAAAGUGGCAGCCUGGUUACAGGAGUCUGAGGAGAUGGACAAGUGUUCAGAAGAACUUGCCUACUGCCAGUCUAGUCUUUUAGAAUUGAGUCAACUGCUGCAAAGUCUGGAGAUCUUACAUAGGACACAGUCAGCCCCCAACUUCACCGACAUGCAGAGUAACUGUGUAGAUUUGACAAAGAAAGAGAAGCGAGUCAGCAGAAGAUGGAGGACUAGAAGUGUCAGCAAAGAUGCAAAAUUGCAACAGCAGGUCCAGUCACUUCCCCAGUCACACAGUGCUAAAGUUCCCCUGAGUGUAAGCAUGUCUCAAGUGCGUCUCCACUCCUCCAAUCCUAACCUAUGUGCAGAGUUGGCUGAUUUUCAAACCCCAGUCACACGUCUGACAGACAGUAUCGACAGCGCCAGUGACUACAUCAAACUGCAGGAAGAUUUCUGCAUAAUUGCACAAAAAGUGCACUCUCUUCUGAAGUCUGCCUUCAACACGGUGGCCAUAGAGAAAGAGAAGAUUAAACAGGUGUUGUUGGAACAGGAGCAGACCGGCCAAUCAAAUCAGAUUAUAACCCUCCGCCGCUCCCUGUCACAGGCCUUGUCCCAAAAUGCUGAGCUCAAGACCCAUCUGAACCGGAUCAACUCUGAGUCAGUUCUGUCUGAACCGGUCGUCAGUGUGAACAUCAUCAGCAGCCCCGAUGAGGAAGAUGAGCUGCUCCACGUGGGCAUCCCUCUCUCUCAGCAGGUGGCCAAUGAGAGCAGACUCUCCAUGUCAGAGUCAGUGUCUGAGUUCUUCGAUGCCCACGAGGUGCUUCUGUCUGCUAGUUCAUCAGAGAAUGAGGCCUCUGAUGACGAGUCUUACAUCAGCGAUGUAAGUGAUAACAUUUCAGAGGACAAUGCCAGCGUCACAGAUAAUGUUUCCAGACAGAUGCCUAACGGUGAUCUGGCCAGUGGUGCGUUUCGUAACGGUAGACGUACGUGUCUCCCUGCUCCCGCCCCUGACACUUCCAACAUUAACCUGUGGAACAUCCUGAAGAACAACAUCGGGAAAGACCUGUCGAAAGUGUCCAUGCCAGUGGAGCUGAAUGAGCCGCUGAACACACUGCAGCAUAUGUGUGAGGAGCUAGAGUACACAGAGCUACUGGAUAAAGCAGCUCACACCGACGACCCCUAUGAACGCAUGGCAAUCGUUGCAGCGUUUGCAGUUUCAGGAUAUUCAUCCACCUAUUAUAGAGCAGGCAGCAAACCCUUUAACCCCCUUCUGGGGGAAACGUAUGAAUGUAUCCGUGAGGACAAAGGAUUCUGCUUCUUUUCUGAACAGGUAAGCCACCAUCCGCCCAUCUCCGCUUGUCACUGUGAGUCCCAGAACUUCACCUUCUGGCAGGACGUCAGAUGGAAGAAUAAGUUUUGGGGGAAGUCUAUGGAGAUUCUUCCCAUCGGAACAGUGAAUGUCAUGCUGCCCAGUAGUUAUGGUGAUCACUACGAGUGGAACAAGGUGACAACGUGCGUCCACAACAUUCUGAGCGGGAGGCGAUGGAUCGAACAUUACGGGGAGGUCACGAUCAGAAACACCCGCAACACUACCUGCAUCUGCAAACUCACCUUUGUGAAGGGAAACUACUGGAGCUCGAAUUUGUAUGAGGUGCAUGGAUCAGUGAUGGAGCAGGAGGGGAAAGUCAUUCACAGACUGUUUGGGAAAUGGCAUGAGGGUCUGUACUGUGGAGUCCCACCUUCAGCCAAAUGCAUCUGGAGACCAGGGUCUAUGCCUACAGAUUAUGAGCUGUACUACGGCUUCAGCAGGUUUGCCAUAGAGCUCAAUGAGCUCUGUCCUGAGCUGAAGGAGCUGCUGCCACCAACAGAUGCUCGAUACAGGCCGGACCAGAGGUGUCUGGAGGAAGGAAAUGUCCAGAUGGCAGCCGCUGAGAAACAAAGAAUCGAAGAGCAGCAGAGAAACAGGAGGAAGUGGCUGGAGGAGAACAACAUCAGACACCAGCCGCGGUUCUUUAAGAAGGUUAUGCACAGUCACCAGAGGGAGAGAUGGGUGUCUAACAACACGUACUGGGAACUGCGCAAGGACCCCGGCUUCCUCAAACUAGAAAACCCUGAGCUGUGGUAGAUCCAGACGCCUUCACUGCUGACUGCAGACGCUUACUAUGCAGAACAGGACCUCCCUCUAGAUUUGGAUUUUAUCUCCGGACUGAAAAUAAAUGUAUAAAAAGCCUCUCUCCUCAUCCCUUCGGCAGGCUCUGUCUCAAUAGUUUCCCUCUACAUAGUAAAAGAGAGAUGCAGAGCUGUCCAGAUGAAGCCGGUCGCGCUUCCUCUUAAGUGCUUGCCUUAAGAAGUCGCUUCUCAACAACAUAGUUUUACGCUUUUAGUGAAAUUCCCUCAACUUCUGGGUUUAGACGGACUGAAUUUGCUCUUGGUUACAUUCUGCAUGUGUAGACGGCAGCUUUCAUCGGCAGUAGGUUACGUUAACUCGUCAAAAACAACAUUUCGACAAUUUUAGCUCUAUUUUUGUAAACAACCGAAAGAAGGGAAUUGUUUUGGAAGUCAAAGCUGUGACUGAAGUCGAGCUGUCCCUCCUCGUGUUCAGUGGCACGCCACCUUUCAAAACUUUCCAAAGAAUCAAGCCUGAAAGAGAGAUCCUGGACCCAGAAGCCCUCGCAGACCCCUGGAUCUCUGGAUCGUUAGUGCUCUUUAAAGCAAACGGGACAUUUAUGCACCACUAAUGGCACCAAAUCAAAUUCAAGAAAUGAUUUUUUUCCAAGCAGGUUCUACAAGCACUCGCCACCUUCAGAAAAACUAGUCCGUGCCCUGCGAAACAGAUUAUUCCAGCUAGUUUUCGCUCCAAACUCACACCAUUGGUUGAGAGAGAAGUCAGGCGCACGUUGCAUAUAAAGUUCACCCGACAGUGAUAAAUCUGUCAUUAAUUUCUCACCCUCGUGUUCUUUCAUGCCCAUAAAGUUUCAAAACACAGUAUUUUUAAUGAAACCUGUGUGGUUUCUGUCCCUCCAUUGAUAAAUAUGGGUAACCAAAACUUAAAAGAUCCAAAAAGGUUAUAAAGUUGCUGUAAAACAAUUUUCGUUAUCUUAUUAAUAUGCUUAAGUGAUGCCUUUAUGAGCUUGUUGUGUUUGUAGGAUCUUUUGGUGACCUGGUCAUUCAGUGGAAAGAAGAAAACCUCUCAGGUUUCAUUAUAAAUAUCUUCAUUUGUGUUUCAAAGAUUGACUAAAGUCAUAUGGGUUUAGGAGACAUGUGGAGUGAUUUAUACCUUGAUUGCACCAGUGACCUGCAGACAUUACACAGUAUUUUCUGUUGACUCUCUAUCAUGACAAAAGCGACAGCGGCCUCUACAGGCGUCUCAGUGCUACUGCAUACUGCAUACUUCAGGACCCCACAUAUCUGCUAACUACAAAUAGGAAAUGGAUGUCAGUAGUGGGCAUACUACACAGUAUGCUGUAACAUUUCGUGUAAUGUACUGCAUUUUUUUACGUGACCUCACCAUGUGUAUAAUUCAGUGAAGUCUAGGAUAUAAAUGAUAAUAUUUAGAAAAAAAAAUUGACUUUUGGAAGUCUGAGUAAAUACUGGUUAAUAAAUAUGUUGAUAUGUGCGGUUAAUCUGUCACGGAAAUUACUUUUUUUUCACAUAUAGAAGUCGUAAAUGUAGUAUUCUAGUAUGCAUUACGAAUUCAAAACUCCAGAUGAAUCAUGCAUGUUAUGCAAACUACAGAAAGGGAAGAUAUUUCUACAUGGAUUGCAUUCAAUUUUUUUUUUUUUUUAAUUUCUUAUACAUCACUUCUUGAAUUAAACAUGCUGAGAUGAUGAAUCAUGUGACAACAACAGUGUAGCAGAAUACGUUUCUAAAUGUUUAGUGUUGCACAAUGCAUGCUGUUAUCCAUACGGUCAGUCUUCAGUGAAGUAUGCAGUAUGUAGUACACUAGUAUUCUAGUGCGAACAUCCAUCGUUUAUUACAUUUGAUCUGAAACUCAUUCAUCAAACAAGUCAUUCGUGAAAGCAUUCUUGUGUAAUUUGUUGCGUUCGAUUCAACUGAGCAGAUUUUAAUUUUUUUAGAUAGUUGUAAAGAUUUUAAGUAGAUUGUAAAGAACCCAUUAGUAGAGCUGUAUGUCAGUGUUUGAGUCCUUCACUGUGCCUUAACACUUAUGAAACCUUAUCAACACAGUCUACUGGAGGACAGUCCAUCCACAAAACAUCAUCUUUUGCACACUGAUGCACUUUUUUCCCCCCGGUAAGACCCUGUAGAGCCCAAAAGACACCAUAAAACACAGACUGCUGGAAAUGAAGGUGUGCAUCUACAAAACUAUGUGUAGUUCUUAUAUUACAGAUUCUCUGUGACGGUUGUUGUUGUUUUGUUCUUUCUGUUAAGAUGAGAUGAUUGCUGAUCUGGAGCUCAUCUGACUGAAUGUUUCUGAAGCUUAUAGAGAAGAUGAUGAUGGGAAAAAAAUAGCAGGUUGAGUUUCUUGUGUAGGGAAAGACGCUGUAGUGAGUACAUCUGCUGGUAGUUUCUCAACAUUGCAUGAACACAUGUCAAAGCCUGCCAAUGAUCUGUGAUGCCUUAUUAAAACGAGCGUUUCAUUUCAAUCUCAUGAUAUCCUCACUGAGACGUCCUGCACUGUGUGUGGGAGUUUUAUUGAUGUGAUCAGCUUUCCUCUGAAGAAGUGCAGUUGUACGGUGACAUCUCUCUCUGUUCACAGCUGCUCCAGUGCUCCACUGUUGACGUGUUAUUAGGACACUCUCCAGACCUGCUGUUUCACAUUUAAAUGCAUUGCAAGAAAUACAUAUUUAUGUUCCAAGUCA